GUUUUGUCGGCCUACGCGCGGCGCAACGUAACGUUAGCUGACGCUCCGCCAGCGCAAGCGGGGCUCUGUCAUUCGCGAGGCGUUCGCGCGUGUGGUGUCGCGAGGAUCAUGCCCCGGUAAUUCCCCCGCUGUCCUCCCCCGAAAAAAAAACCCGUGUGCGUGUGUUUGGCUCCUCGCCGACGCUUCGUCCGUCGGAAAUUUCAGCUUCAACUGAAACUUAAUCCAUUAACGACACUAUCUUGAGAGAAAUACUUAUAAAUGUCGGCAAUGGCAUCGCUGGAGGACAGCUGGAAGGAAGCCACGGAGGGCCUGGACGCCGCGGUCUGCGACUCCUGGUUCACCCGCCUGCAGGAGGUCUACUCGGAGGAGAAACGCAAGUACCACAACCUGGACUCGCUCAGGGACAAGCUGAAUCACUACUACGAAAUCAAAAGCAAUCUCAAAAACCCGCGGGCCGUCCUGCUCGCCAUAUUCUUUCAAAACUUCGAGUACGAUCCUAAAGCUCUGGUCUUCAGCGAGGACAAAAAUCUCGAGCAGUUCAACGCUUUCGCCGACGAGGCCGAAAUUCCAUCGGACGCGGAUCUCAGAGAAGAGACUUGUGCUCUGCUCAAAGUAGCGGCGACUCACAGCACCGAGGCGCACAAGGUUGGCGGUGCCUUCGGCAGCGAGGAUGCUCACUACUUCCUGGACCUGGAUAUGGCGGUACUCGGCUCCCCUCCGGACAGUUACGCCGAGUACAGGGAGCGAAUACGCGGGGAGUACUCUUUCCUCAGCGAGCCCAUGUACACGGCACUACGGCUGAAGGUGUUGCAGAACUUCCUGCAGAUCCCGAACAUCUUCGCCACCGUGGAGUUUCGCGACAAGCUGGAGGAGCAGGCGCGCCAGAACAUCCAAGCGGAGGUGGAGAUGCUGUCUUAGAGCUUCGUCGUCGCUUUGCUUUAACGCGGCGCGUUUUCACGCGCUUGACGUCCCGCGAGGACGAUCCGCUGAUCCAGGAGCCGCUCUUCCCCUCCCCCGUCGGAGGGAGUUUUCCCCGUCGAAGAGCCAAUCGCGGUGCGAACACACGUUUUAGAUGCCUACCUCACGGAGACGCGCCGGGGUUUCUGCAGAAACGCGAAACAACAUGCUGAAUGCAGCGAGUCUCUUGGGACCGAGGGAGAAAAAUAUUAAGAUCGCGUUCGCGCGCUUCAGAGUUUCUAUAAAGAAUUUACGUAACUGUUUAUGCACGAUAUUGUUAAUUACUGUGCGUUCUACGUAAACAUUCCGCGCGCUGAUUUGUUGGAGAUUUGAGUUACUUCAAUUUUAAUAGGUAACACACUUGAGGAUUAACAAUGUUUUAAUUGACGAAUACUUACGAUUGCAGGUAAUUGUAAGUAUUUCUGUGAUGUAGACGAGAAAGAAAGAGUGGAAGAUGAUUCAAGGAGGAUUCUACACGGAGAGAAUUUUCUUUUAAAAUUUACCCUGAAAAUCAUGUUAAUUGUGAAACAAUAUAGUAUUUAGGUA